AUGGCUCCCGCUUCUUCCUCCCAGGCCUCUGUUCCAGCAACGACGGACUUGUUGGAAGCGUACCGCUCCUUGGUCGCACAGGGCCGACUGACGUGGGAUGACGAGCAGGUCCGCAUCGUCAUGAAGCUGCGCCAUGUAUACAACGAUCUGGCGGAAUACGAGCCGCCCCUGGACCUGCUGGCCAAGCUCGGCCCAUCGCCACCGCGCGCGGUGGGCAAGGGUACCCCGUGGUGGCUGCGAUACGCGUCGCGCGCCGAGGACAGCAGUGGGCUCGGGGACAGCGAUAGGGCCAAGGCGCUUGUCAAGGUGUUGAGCGGCGACGAGGAGAUUGCAGCGUUGACAACGCCAAAGGGCAUCCUCCUGACGGGCCCACCGGGCUCGGGCAAGUCGCUCCUCCUGUCGCUCCUAUAUGCGGCUCUUCCCGCGCGCAAGGCCCGCCACCACUACCACGCGUUCACGCUCGGCCUGUACCAGAAGGUGUUUGCUGAGAUGGAGCGCCGGCGAGUGGGUGCGGCCCCCGGGCAGGCGCGCAUGAACAUGGAGGUCGCGGGACGACAGGGCUGGCGGGCAGUGUUUGCCAGCGGACGGUGGCGCGAGCGCGACGAGGACGGGGCGGAAAAGGACGCGACGCUGGACGAUCCGCGGGACACGAUCCCGUUUGUUAUUGCCAAGGAGAUGAUACUCGAGUAUCACGUUCUCUACUCGGCUGCUCUCCUCCGUGACGUGCUGAGCUGGUACUGGCGCCUGGGUGGCGUCGUCCUGUGUUGCUCGAACCGCGUGCCCGACGACCUAUACCACCACGGCGUGCAGCGCGAACGCAUGGCCGGCUUCCUCGACGCGCUCAAGGGCAGGUGUGAGGUUGUGGAACUCGACGGCGGGCGCGAUUGGCGCCGGAUAGGUGAAGGAGACAAGGACGACAAAUGGGUCACAUUGGAUGACAACCUCUUUGACGCCGCCUGGGCGGCGGAGCGAGGUGGGGAACCAGUGCCGCGCGACUUGGUGGUGUAUGGUCGCCGGGUGCGCGUGCCGGCCACCAAGGGGGACGCGUGCAUGUUCCCCUUUGACGAGCUGUGCGAGACGGCGCUGGGCCCAGCAGAUUACCUCACGUUGGCAAGCACGUUCCGGACGUUUUACAUUGACGCCGUGCCCAUCCUGCUGCUCAAGCACAAGAAUGAGGCGAGGCGGCUUAUCAACCUCAUCGACGCGCUGUACGAGUCCCGCUGCCAACUCUACGUCCGCGCCGCUGAGCGACCGGAACACUUAUUCUUCCCCGACGCGCUCGACCCAGCCCUCGACCCAGAGCACCACCAACAUCGCGAGAUGGACGCUCUCGAAGCCGAGGCUCUGAGUGAGACGCUCGCCGCGCAGCCCAGGGCAAACGUGUCAGUGUACAACCCCAAGACCCGGAUCGAGCGCGAAAAGCUCGACAGGGCCGACUUGGGAAGCUCGUUUGCAGUCAUGGGAAUAUUCACAGGCGAGGACGAACGGUUUGCGUAUAAACGAGCCGUGUCACGUCUGAUCGAAAUGGUCACAUCUCCCGCGUACGCGCAAGAGGAGUGGCUCCCACUCGCGUCGGCGAGUAGGGGCUGGGAAGCGGCCGUGAACAAGGGACAGGUCACUGCACCAGCCAAACGCGCCAUUAUCCAUCGCGGCGGCGGGCUUGUGGCCGACACCGACUCCAUGGCACGCGAGGCUGGGGCGUUCAAGCAUGAAGUGAGGGAGGCGACUGCGCCGGGCAGAUCACAACCUGCCAUUGAGCCUGCGACGGCAUCGGUGUCUGUAUCCGGGGCUGGAUCGAGGACGGGUGCUCCCAAGAUUAAAGAGGUGCAUGCGUGGGGUGUGGAAGAUGCGUGGGGACCCAAGGCUGGUAAGUGGGGCCAGGGUGCGAAGGCGUUCAAGGAGGGGGAGGGGGACGAUGUCACAAAGGAAUGA